AUGGUUGUUUCUUCGAAAUGGCUUUCUUUUAGUCUUCUUGUCCUAUGCAUUGUCCUCCAUUUGAGUGCAAUGAGUACUCUUGGAGAUGACAAACUUGACAAAACUAGAUUCCAUGAUGAUGACGAUUGUCGAUUUGGAGGCUGCCGAAGAUGUGGUGGUAGGUGGGGUGGUCGUGGAGGUGAAGGUGGUUUAGAUGAAGGUAGAGAUGGUGGCAUUGGAGGUGGGGGUGGUGGUGGUGGUGUUGGAGGUGGUGGAGGUGGCUUUGGUGGUGGUGUAGGAGGUGGAUCAAGUCAAGUAGGAGGAUUUGGAGCUAGGGCAGGUGUAGGUGGUGGAGCUGAAGGAGCCAUUGGUGGUGGAGUUGGAGCAGGAGAAGGAGGAGGUGGAGAUGGUGGACUUGGUGGUGGUUCAGGGCAUGGUAAAGGCUUUGGAACUGGAGGUGGUCUUGGUGGGUGUGAGAGAUUGGGAAAAUUGGGCCUCUAA